AACUCUAUAACAAGUUGAUAAAACAAGUAGAAUGUGCUCUUAAAUUUGGAUGUUUGUCAUUCCAAAACUUCCUCUACUCUAAGUAAACUGUAAAAACAGCGCAAAAAAAUAAAUAAAUACAUAAAGCUUCCUGCUACGUUGUAGGUAUCCUAGUUUACGAUGGUCUUUGAAGGCAGCACUAGAAGCAGUUGGUGACUGUUGCCAUAGAAACGUUUAUUAACAAACGGCGAGCCGUUGGUGUGUCCAACAAAAGCGGACAUUUUCCUGUUGCUUUUAACUUUGCUUGGUUUAUAUUUACGGAAAAGAAACUUUUUUAGCGGUAUUCGUAAUACGUGAAAUCAAAGCUUCAAAAUGGAGAAGGAAGAAGGAAAAACUGAAGAAAGACCAGGGAGAAGGACAAAAUAUCUGCAGAGAGAUCUGAACACAUUCUUGUCAAACAUCCAAGCUGAAGCUGAUGCCAAAGUGGUGGCGGAGAGGAGACGGAGGGCUGCAGCUCAAACGAAAAGGUAAUUACUCAGUUUAGUAUGCAUGGUACCGCAAAUCUUAACACAGGCCUUUAUUCUUUAUGUAUUUAUUAUUACUCAGAGAGGAGUUGUUGGAAAAUGAUUCAACUUUAGUAAAAAAGUGUGAUGAAGAAUUGAGAGGAUUAUUAGAUAUGAGUCAAAAAUCCACCACUGAGGAAAUGCAGAAAGCCUUUCACAGACAACAGCAGCUAUAUGAAACUCUCUUCCAAAGCAAGAUGAAUAUCAUUCCUGAGCUUCAGCAGGAGCUGGAGAGUAAAAAUAAAACACAUUUAGACAUCUUGAAGAGGAAUGAAGAGGAUAUUAAUGUGAUGACUGAGCAGAUGAAGGAGCAAAUGCAACUGAAGGUAAAAGAGUACCGGGAAGAGCUGAUUCAAAAAGUGAGACAUCAUCAGGAGGAAAUAAGUGCUAUACUCAGCAAUGACAUGGAAGAAUGGGACCAAGGCCUGAAAAAAGUUUUGGACAGAGAGCUCAAGGCAAGUGACGAGAGGGAACUGAAAUUUGAAGAAGUAUUGAAGCCUCUGGAGGUUGAAUCAGACUUCGAAAGUAUUGUGGAUGUUUGGCUUCGUGGCGAGAAGAACGGGGACGACAACGGAGACAACGGUGUCACCUGUUUGCCGAGAUGGACCCUGAGCAGCCAGCUGUGGCAAUAGUCAACUUCAUCAAUAAAGUCAUGCUGGGACCACAGCUAAGAAGAUGAGGAGCAAAGUCAUUGGAAACCGUGCACAGUUUAGCAU